GAAUAACACUCAUGCCCUCCACAAAAGUAACACCCAACAUUGAACAACUCUCCCUCCAACACACUUCAACAUCGUACAUCUCAAUUGCCCGAUAUCCAAUAAACCCAUUCUUUCUUUUGAUUUUACUCGUUUUUUCUUUACUCGUCAGCUAGCUGUGGGCUGUGAGCUGAUCGCAGUUUAACAAGGCAUUAUGUCUGAAUUCAUAGGAUCAAGGAUAUCCUUGGUAUCAAAGAGUGAUAUUAGAUACGUCGGUACACUUCAUGAGAUCAACUCGGAAAAUGCAACGGUGGCCUUGGAAAACGUCAAGUCUCAUGGGACCGAAGGACGAAAGAACAACCCCGAUGAGGAGAUUGCAGCUUCGGAUAACAUCUACGAGUACAUUGUCUUCCGUGGUGGUGAUGUAAAGGACCUGCGUAUCGAGGAAGCUCCUGCGCCCAGAGAAAGCAACCCCCCACAGGUGCCCAAUGAUCCUGCGAUUCUCGGAAGUGGAACUCGUCCAGCUCCCACAUCCGCGCCAGGACCCCCAACCCCUCAAAAUCAAAACCCACGAGGACCUCCACCGCAAGGACAAAAUGCUCCCCAGCAACAAGGACCACCUCCAGGCAUGGCUCCUUUUGGGCAAUAUCCACCUCCUGGAUUUUACCCUCCUCCGCCUGCAGGAUGGGGUAGAGGAGCUCCUCCUGGUCCAGGGUUUCCAGGAAUGUCACCAUUUGGUGGUCCGCCAGGCUGGUAUCCCCCACCUGGACAUGGAUUCCCUCAACACCCUGGCCAAUUUGCCCCUCCUCCAGGCUAUGGCUUCCCACCACCAGGUCAACACUUCCAACAGCAAAACCAGCAACAAAAGCCAUCGCCAAUUGGACCUGGUGCGAAUAAACAGCAAACUCCGACUUCCGCAAACCCAACAGACAAACCAGCAGAUGCUCAAGCUCCUGAUGCUGGAAACACUGCUGCACCAGCCCCCAAGCAAGCGACACCACCUCCAUCCAAGACUUCACCAACUGAAGUAGACGCAAGCACUACGAAACAAUCUCAGCCUACAGCUCCUCCCGCUGCUCGAGCUACCCCAAGUGGACCUAGAAGCGGCGGUCGCGUUCAACCAGCAAUUCCAUUAGCUAGUCCUGCAGUAACCAAAGCUCCAUUACAAAACACCACUGCCCCUGCAGUUCCAAAACAAAAUGACUCUUCUGCAAGUUUGAGAGAUGCCACACAAGCUGCGACUGCCGCUGUUGCUGCCGCAAUGGCUAAACUCCCUCCAGUUGGAGGUCAACAAACCAAUGGAAGCGCAGUUGAUAAUCUAACCAGAAAGGUCAACGAAAUGCGAACAACUGAACCUGUUCGCGCCCCCAGACAACCAGGCACUAAUGGAUUUGCCGCGAGAGGGCGAGGCCGUGGUGGCCGUGCUCCUGGUCCAGCUAAAGUCGACGUCCCCGCAGCCGACUUUGACUUCGAAUCUGCUAAUGCAAAAUUCAACAAGCAAGACUUAGUUAAGGAGGCUAUUGCUGGAUCCCCACUUGGGGAGCAGCCUCCUAACAAUGCUUCCGCGCCUGAGGUUGAGACUGAGGAAACUGCACCCAAGGCAUAUAACAAAGCCACGUCAUUCUUCGACAACAUUUCGAGUGAGGCGAAGGACCGCACAGAAGCUGCCGGAAACAGAGCUGGUGGACAUCAAUGGCGAGGCGAAGAACAAAAGAAGAAUGUUGAAACCUUUGGCCAGGGAAGUGUUGAUAAUGGCGGCUAUCGUGGAGGAUACCGCGGUCGUGGUCGCGGCCGUGGUGGGUACAGAGGAAGAGGCGGUUAUGCCGGUAAUGGUCAGCCUACACGUGGCCGUGGUACGGGAUAUCGAGGUCGUGGUGAUUCCCAAGCUGUGGCACAAUAAACAACACUAAAUCAUGAAUCGAAAUUUGCUGGAUCAGGAUAAGUUUUCUUUGCUAUGUAUCAAAAACUUCGCGACGAAUUUUUUAAUUUCAGAUCAAAUCAGCAAUGGGGAGGAGCUAUUUUCUUUAAACGUGGUUACGGUCGUUUUCUUUUGUAUUUUUUCGCGUGUAUCACCACGGAGAGUCUCAUGAGUGAGAUUGAGAUAUUACUGGAUCUUCAUUGGCUUUGGGGGCGCGUGAAGCAGGUCAAUAGUAAAUCAAGGGAGUGAGGGUUUUUCAUAUUCACAAAGACAAAAAGGUCUCGUUUGAUAUCACAAACUAUACCAUGGGAGUUGGGUGUCAAUGAUGAGACGAAAUAAAGGCUAGCUCAAAGGGCUGAUUUUGCUCUAAUGAAGGUUGUCAUUCAUCUUCAAUGGAGGUAUUUGAAACUUCUUCAGUGGGGGGGAUAUGUCAUAAGAAUCAGAUAAAGAUGAUUGAACAAGUGAGAAACUGGGGAUAUGAGUUUGAUGGUUAGCCCAAAGGCGGAAACUAGUUACUGCAGUUUACGUCUUUUGGAAAUACAAGAAAUAACUAUCAAACCAAUAUUGAUGCACAUCUUAUACUUUGGGAAAGACCAUCCAUCUUGCACUUGAAAUUGAUUGAUACA